CGACAUGACUAAGAAGAGGUAAACAAGUAUUGAAAAAACUAAUGACGAAAGUUGUCACAACAAUUACUGUGUUCUUUACAUUUACACAUCACUUCUGGAGCGAUAUAUAAGUUUCACGCGCAAAUUAUGUUGUUUUGUUUGCACACUGUACACAUAGUGGACAUGUAAUGUGAUGUGCAUACAACACAAACUGUAUGUGUGGAAACUGAUGCUCAGUUGAUACAUAUACAAUUGUUUUAAUCUACCAUUAUGAGAAUAUAUCUUAUUUGAUUAAUAUUUAUAAACAUAAUUCACAUGAGUACAGAAAAGUUUCUAGGUAAUGGAAUCUUGAAUGAAUACAGGCAGGAUGAAUUAAUUAUACACACUAUAACUGUGUUUAUAAACUUCAGUACAAUUCAAAAUUGUCAGGUUUCCCCAUCUUCACUGCUGAAAUAUCACUUGGUCCCGUAGUGUUCUAUAACUUGAUAUAUAAGAAAAGCAGUUUUAUUGAAACUUUAGUGAAUUUCGCAUUGGAUUUCUAUAGAGUGAGUAACCUCAACUCUUAAUAUCUCUACAUUACUGUGGUCAAGUGAUCAAUGCUAUAUUAGUAGAAUGGGGUAAAUCCAAACCACAGGUUGCCAAGGGAUAGACAAUUAUGAACAUGCGAAGAUAACGAACAAUAAUCAAUCUGAUAAAUCCUAUAAAUAGAUACAAAAUUACGAAUAAGGCAAACACGGAUCCCUGGAUAUAUCAGAGGUGGGAAUAUGUGUUUUGAAGACGUAAGCAUCACAUCGAGUGAUAUCUUGUAUUUGGAAAAUUAGUUCAUUAUGUCUAAGGACCACGAAUUUAGGAAAAGCUGUAUUUAAAGAAGACUUUUAAAAUUUCUAUACUAUCAACUUAUUUGUCAGUAGAAUGCCGCGAUUGAAAAAUUAAUCUUACGCAGAACGAGCUCUUAUAAUUUGAUGAACUGGAAUUGGACACACUGUGGCCACUUGUUCUGCAUUUGAUGAUGAAAUAAAAAAGGACACACGGGCUCACGGCGGGUGUGACCGGUCAACAGGGGAUGCUUACUCCUCCUAGGCACCUGAUCCCACCUCUGGUGUGUCCAGGGGUCCGUGUUUGCCCAACUAUCUAUUUUGUAUUGCUUAUAGGAGUUAUGAGAUUAAUCACUAUUCGUUAUCUUCACCUUACACAACUACACAUAUAUAACGUACAGAAUGGUGGAUGAAUAUAUAUCACUUCCGUAACGUGGAGCUCUGUGCUGUCUACUUAUUUUUGUGGAAGGCUACUUGUUUUGAAACUAUAACAACAGUCUCGUUUAUAGUCAGCAUUUCAAAAAUUCUAUAAUCGUUAUAGUGAUCUAACAUGCCAAUACAACCUAUCGUAUUGUAAAAUAAUGUCUGAAAUGUUUCAUUCCGAUAUAUUAGCUCUUCAUCUUUCAUGAAAAUCAUUAUAUCUGAUCAAGAUAUAGAGCUUACAGGGGGUGUGACCUGUCGACAGGGGUUAAUUACUCCAACUAUAUAUCUGCUCCCACCGCUGAUAUAUCCAGGGGUCUGUGUUUGCCCAACUCUCUAUUUUGUAUUGCUGAGAAGAUUAUGAAAUUGAUAACUGUUCGUUAUGUUUACCUUUCAUACAUUGAUAUGAAACCCUUCAUCUACACAACGUGUUAGUCAGUAGUCUACCUUGAUUUAAAGCUGACCAUGCACAGAAAAAGCUCGUAUGUAUCGGAUCAGUUCAUAUACAUCAACUACAGAUGCAGGUGAUAAUGGGAAUAAUGGUACAUAAAUAUGGAAAUUUGACGAUGGAGAAGCCGUUUGUUAGUUUGCCGUCAUUUUCUAUGUUUAACAAAAAUAUCUAAACACGAAUCAGAUGUAGAAAACCCUGGUUUCUUUUGUUUCCGGUUAACUGGGAUAUAUAAAAUCGACGUAUGAAUAAGAUUGACAAGUAUCAUUUUACACACAAUUCUAUGGUUGAUUGUUCUUUGAAUGAAAUGCUUGGUGGGGAGUUUUACAUUCUCGUGUUAUUCAACCCUUCGAGUAUUAGAUUUUAAAAUAGCUUCAUGCAACUUUACCUAUUUUCCUUUAGGUGGAUGGAAUGAAGGUAUGUAAAACAUGUUCAACUUCUUGUUUUACGUUGUUGUUUUUUUUUUUUUGAUAUCUAUGAUACACGUAAAAGUAAAAAGGAUAUUUUCUGAUGGUGUUUCAUUGUAUUGUUUUUAUUUCAGAAAUAAUAUAUCUAUUUAUGUUUGUCGGAGCAGGCGGACUUCUGUUUGGAAUGUUUUUCUGGAUUGUAAUACUUGUACGUAAAUGUAGAAGAAACCUACUCUCCAGAAGUGGAAGGUUUGUAGUACAGUCUGAUCAAGAAAACAUCAAUCGUCAAUCCACUCUGUAUGCUGUGCCCAGUGAUAUUAGGAAUUAUGUGGAACCUUCAACGUUUGUUCACCAAGAUACCCAAAGAGAAGCAAUUUACACAUACAAUCACCUCAAUGAACCAGUGGAAAAGGAAGAUAAUGCGUUCUCUCAGCUAAUGUUUGUAGAGCAGGACCCUUGUGAUGACGUGUACAACCACCUCCAUGAAAAGGAAGCACCAUUGUGUCAAGGCGUGUAUGACGUCGCGGAAAAUGUCUCUAAAGGCAUAUUCCAGAGUUCUGAUGAUGACCCUAAAUCGACUGAUUUUUAUGAUUUUGCUGAACCUAUAGAUGUAAACACAUUCUAAAUAUGCGAUAAUUACAUCUGUAAAGCUUUCAUAUAUUGUAUAGCUUCAAUUUUACAAUUCUUCAAUGUUUGGAAUGUAAAACAAAUAAAUAAGUACGUUAAACAACUUCUGGAAUGUCAAAUAUGAAAGUUGAAGCAGACUAUGGAUAGAUACUUAAAACAGUUAAACCAAUGCUCUAAUAUCUCAUCAACACCCUUGCAAUUGUAUCGUGUCAUCCUUGCAAACGUUCCAAUCUUAAAAGUACAGCAGCUGUAGUGAGUGGAAUUUUAAAGUACAUACUAAGUUUCUUUCUUAUUGAUCCCCAUCAUUAUGUGUGUUAUAUGUGUUUGUGAUUAAUGGUAAAGUAUUAAAUAUCACAUCCCGA